AUGGAGGAUGGGGUUUGGUGGAAGAGGAUUAGAGGAAGAAGAUCGAAGAAGAUGAAGAGGAUCGUAGGAAAAAACUGGAGGAAGGAGAGAGAAAAUGGGAGGGAGGAAAGAUUAGGGUUUAAGAUUCUUGAUCAGAAUGACAAGCUAACCACUCCGGAUGACUUUGACAAGAUUGUGAGAGCAGUAAUUCCCGAUGAACAAGUGGAACCAAAAUUGUAUAAGGCAGUUCUUAAACACAUGAUUCAUGGCCCAUGUGGUGUUCUCAACCACAAAUCCCCAUGUAUGAAACAAGGAAGUUGUAAGAAAGGAUUCCCCAAGGAAAUCUCCAAUGAUACAAAGCAAGGCAAUGACUCAUAUCCUCUUUAUCGCCGUCCACAAGAUCGUCCAGCAGUACCAUUGCGUGAAAAUUCACGAGUUCGUGUAGAUAAUCGGUGGGUAGUCCCAUAUAAUCCAUUUUUGCUCCUAAAAUAUGAUUGCCACAUAAAUAUUGAGAUAUGCAGCAGCAUCAAGUGUGUCAAAUAUCUGUAUAAGUACAUCCAUAAGGGUUCAGAUAGAGUCUCUAUGGAAGUUCAUAACGGAGAUGAGAUUGCACAAUAUGUUGAUGCACGGUGA